AUGUCGCUCCUCCAUGCCCUCGUUUCACGCGGGACCACCAUCCUCGCCGAACACGCGACCGGCAACACGGUCCUCAAGCCAGCCGCCAAGAUAACGAUCCUAUCCAAGAUCCCGCCCAACAACUCAAAGCUGACUUAUGUGUGGCAGGACCGGCUGAUCCACUACGUCUCCUCGGGCGGGGUCAUCUACCUCAUCAUGGCGGACGACAGUGUCGGCCGCCGCAUGCCCUUUGGCUUCCUUGCUGAGAUUGAGCGCCGCUUUACAGCUGAGUACACGCCGGACGAGAUCUCGUCGGCUGGCGAUCACGGCCUCGACGACUUUGAGAGCGAGCUCGCUCGCCUCAUGCACCAGUACACCGAGAACCCGCCGGCGGACCCCCUCAAGCAGGCGCAGACUGACCUUAGCAAUGUCAAGGACAUCAUGGUACAGAACAUCGACUCGAUCUUGCAGCGCGGCGAGCGCCUCGACUUGCUCGUUGACAAGACAGACACGCUUGCUGGGCAGGCGUAUGCUUUCCGCCGCGGCGCGCGCUCCGUACGCCGCCAGCAGUGGUGGAAGAACACUCGCAUCACGGCUCUGACUGCGUUUGUCUGCGUGCUCCUGAUUUACCUCUUCAUUGCGCAGUUCUGCGGCGCGUCGCUCACACACUGCGGAAGUUCCUAG